ACCAUUUCGCACUUCCGCCUUUGAACCGCCGUUCGGUCCAGCAAACUCCGUCCCGUCUUUCCGUGCGUGCAGUGCAGAUCUCCCACCACCACCAGGCGGUCGAAAUUUCUCCCUCCCACCCCCCCUCCCUCCUCCUCCAGAUCCAGGCCCCGACCCGCACCUCCGGCCAUGAGCGACAGCGAUGUCGACGAGGACGAGCUCCUCCAGAUGGCGCUGCAGGAGCAGGCCGCCCGGGACCUCAGCCACCAGCGCCCGGCCGGCGCGAACAAGCCCGUCGUCAACCUCGUCCGCCCGCCCGCCAACGCCCGCGGGGGCGCCAAGGCGCGUCAGCCCAGCCGCGGCGGCGACGAGGAUGACGACUCCGAGGUCGAGAUGCUCUCCAUUUCCUCCGGCGACGAGGACGGCGCCCCCGCCCGCGAGCGCGGGCCCCCGCCGCCCCGCGGGGGCGGCCGCGCGGGUGCUCGGAGGGCCGCGUCGCGGGACGACGCUGAUCUCGACGACGCCGAGCCCAGGAGCUGGAAGCGUGUCGACGAGGCUGAGCUUGCUCGCAGGGUUCGGGAAAUGCGUGAAGCAAGAGCAGCGCCUAGUAUUCAAGCACUUGAUCAGAAAGCGGCAGCAGCAGCAGCAGCUCGAAAGGCGCUCUCAAGUGUACAGACUUUACCUAAAGGCGUGGAGGUUUUGGAUCCAUUAGGCCUUGGUGUUAUGGACAAUAAGUCCCUGCGGCUAAUCACCGAAGCUUCAAUAAGUUCUCCAGUUUCAAGGGAGAAGUCCCAGGGUUUGGACCCCAGUAUGCGAGAGAAAGUUAUAUAUUCUUCUCCUCGUUUUGAUCCCAAGGUUUUUCUUUCGUGGGUCCACAAAGAUACAAGUGCUGCUGAUUUGGAGUCUGGUGCUCUUACCUUGAAAACUGAUCUCAAAGGGAGAACACAGCAGAAAAAACAACUAGUCAAGGAGAAUUUUGAUUGUUUUGUCUCCUGCAAAACCACAAUAGAUGACAUUGAGUCGAAGCUGAGACAGAUAGAAGAUGAUCCUGAGGGUGCAGGCACAUCUCACUUAUAUUCAGUCACUCAAAAAAUGAGCGGUGUGGCAAAUCGUGCAUUUGAGCCUCUAUUUGAGAGGCAGGCCCAAGCUGAGAAGAUCAGAUCUGUUCAAGGAAUGCUUCAGAGAUUCCGGACAUUAUUUAACCUGCCAAGCGCAAUUCGUGGCAACAUUAGGAAAGGAGAGUAUGAUCUAGCUGUCAGAGAGUACCAAAAAGCAAAAUCAAUUGUUCUUCCUUCUCAUGUUGGAAUACUGAAACGUGUACUGGAAGAAGUGGAGAAGGUAAUGCAUGAAUUCAGGGGCAUGCUUUAUAAGUCAAUGGAAGAUCCUCAUCUCGACCUUGCUGAGCUUGAGAACAUUGUCCGCCUACUGUUGGAGUUGGAGCCUGAGACUGAUCCAGUGUGGCAUUAUCUUAAUAUUCAGAAUGGCAGAAUUCAUGGAUUGUUUGAAAAGUGUACCGUAGAUCAUGAAGUGCGAAUGGAGAUUUUGCAAAAUAAAAUACGUGAUAAAGUGCUAUCUGAUUCAAAAUGGAGGCAGCUGCAACAAGAGUCGAAUAAAUCAUUGGAAGUUGAUUCUGCUAUUGGUGAUUCUUUUCAAGAUGAUCAAUUGUCAUCAAGCUUCAUGGUUGAAGAGGCUGAUAGUUUAAGGGCAACUUACAUACGCAGGUUAAGUGCUGUACUUAUCCAGCAUGUUCCAGCAUUCUGGAGAUUAGCUUUAUCUGUCUUCAGUGGAAAAUUUGCAAAGGCAGCUGCUGGCAAUGCACUUGCUGAUUCUGAGAUGAAUGCAAAAUCUGGUGCAAAUAAGAUUGAUGAUAAAGGUGCGGAGGCGAAGUACACAAACCAUAGUCUUGAUGAGGUUGCUAGUAUGGUUUGUGCUACUGUAUCUGUUUUCGACACGAAGGUUCAGAAUACUUUUCGUGAUUUUGAGGAAUGCAACAUUCUUCGUCCAUUUAUGGGUGACACUAUAAAAGAAAUAGCUAAGGCUUGUCAGACCCUCGAGGGGAAGGAUUCAUCCCCGACUGCUGUUAAAAUGUUGCAUGCCCUUCAUACUGAAAUGACAAAGCUCUACAUUCUUCGACUUUGUUCGUGGAUGCGGGUAACAACUAAGGAAGUAUCAAAACAUGAGACUUGGGUUACUUUGUCAACCCUUGAGAGAAACAAGUCUCCUUAUGCAAUUUCAUGCCUGCCCUUGGAGUUCCGUGAAAUCACAAUUUCCGCAAUGGACCGGAUUGAAUUAAUGAUCUUUAAUCUCAGGAAUGAGACUGCCAAGUCUUACGACAUUACUCGACAGCUUCAGGAAAUCCAUGAGUCUGUUAGACUUGCGUUUCUAAAUUCUUUUCGGGAUUUUGCAGGUUAUCUGGGGACAUUUGGAGCGGAACUAGCUCAGAGUAGAUCAAAUAAAGAAAACAAUCAUGUGCAAAAUGGGUAUAUGAAUGGUACUGAUAGAGAAUCAUCUGCUAGCAUGGAUGGAGGCUUGCACAAGAAGCUAUUGGUUGUUUUGAGUAACAUUGGAUAUUGUAAAGCAGAACUUUCAGAUCAACUGUAUAACAAAUAUAGGCACAUUUGGUCUCCGAUCAGGGAUAAUGAUGAACGUAGUGCUGAUAUGCGAGAUCUGGUGACAUCCUUCUCUGGACUUGAGGAUAAAGUCCUCGACCAAUAUACUUUUGCAAAGUCAAAUGUGAUCAGAAAUGCUGCACAGAACUAUCUGUUGGAUUCUGGGAUUCAUUGGGGAGCAGCACCUGUAGUGAAGGUUUUGCACAGUUCGUGGGCUACAUUACCAAUUUGCCAUUAAACGAUAGCUCCCGUUCGCACUCCUGUUUUAUUUCCAGCUCUCUGCCGAUGCCCUGCUCCUAAUCGUUGGCAGUGGUGGCACUGAGCACAACCUCUUGCCCAGCAGGAUGGCGACCUCUUCUGCGCAUCCGACCUCUCAGCACUGAGGCGCCUGGUAUUGCACUCUGUCCAGAAGGAUGUUCUCCUGCUCCUUGGUGGUGACAUUGUGUCCUGUACUCCUGUGAUUGUUGCUGUGCAGUCGGGCUAGUGCUAUGAUCUAAUUGUGGUGAGAGGCUAGGUGCCCAGCAGUUUGCUAGUGAAGGGCAGAUGUAUCAAGCAACAGCAUCGCCUGAUGAGGUGGUGGGGUGUUUUCUGCUGGCAAGUCACCUCUGUGUGCUUCUGAGCGAAAGCGCUUCUGGUUGCCUCACACCAUUGCCAGAUGAGGGGCUGGGCUGCUUCUGGCCGGUGGCCUUCAUGCAGAGCACCCCUCACUCCCAGAUGAACAUUAUUGUUUCUUGCCUCACGUUGCUGAGAUCACAUUCACUAACUUUAGUGAGGCUAGUUCAACACCAGCGUCAGCAUCACCUCUCCUCUUUCAGUUCUUUCAAGUUGUCAAUCACAUCUUUGGAAUCUUAUGCUUGCCAUUUGCUUCUCUCAAUUUAUUGUUGCCAUGAACUUCCUUCAAAUAUAUCCCUCCCUGUUGUUUCUUUCUGCAUUCUCAGCUUAAUUAUCUUCAUCACCAGUGUGUUACUUUGGAAUGGCUUGGGCUGGGUUUUCAUACCAAGGAACUGUCUAUGAACAGGGCUUGUUCAGAACAUGUAGCAUCUUACCCAUUUACUGCAAGGACAGUUACAACUUACACUAAUGGUAUCUUGUGGCUCCACUUUUUUUUGCUGACCUAACUGGUGUUUGCGUAGUGGCAUGCAUUUAUGAAAAAUAGCCCUGUGUAACAAUUAAGUUGCAAAUG